AUGUGUGAUGCCCCUGAUGGUACAACCCCAGCUCUUAAGCCUCCAGCUACAAUCCCUAGGGUAGCUUUCCCCGAGAAGCCGGCGGUUAUAGAAGAGCGAAACGGCGAGCUCGAAUUCCAAGUGGUCAACAAUGACGGUUCCCAAGAGAGUACGAUCAUUCUCACAGGACUCAAAUGCCUGUUUCAGAAGCAACUCCUUAAAAUUCUGAAGGAUUAUAUUGCCCGCCUUGUGUAUGACCGCACCCAUCAAUCUUUGGCCAUUGUGAAAAGGCCCCUGGAGGUCAUUGGUGGGAUAUCAUUUCGAGAAUCCCGAGAACUCAUGUUCGCCGAAAUUGUGCUUUGCGCGGCCUCAUCUAAUCAGCAAGUAAAAGGCUAUGGUGGACAUCUUAUGGCUCAUGUCAAGGACUAUGUCAAGGCUACUUCCCCCGUGAUGCACUUUCUUCCUUAUGCUGAUAAUUACGCCACUGGCUAUUUUCAAAAACAAGGCUUUACCAAAGAGAUCAGCCUCGACAAGUCGAUCUGGAUGGGGUAUAUCAAAGAUUAUGAAAGAGGGACCCUGAUGCAAUGUUCCAUGCUUCCCCGAAUACGAUAUCUUGAAGUUGGUCGUAUGUUGCUAAAACACAAGGCAGCCGUCCGAGCCAAAAUGCAACUCUUAAGCAAAAGCCACAUAGUCCAUCCACCACCCCAUCAAUGGACCCCUGGUGUUACUCCAACUGAUCGACUAUCCAUCCCCGGCAUUCGGCAAACUGGCUGGUCUCCAGAAAUGGAUGCAGUAGCGCGAGAACCACGGCAUGGAGCCCAUUUUAAUGAACUUCGACGGUUUCUGAACCAAAUCCAAAACCAUAAACAAGCGUGGCCUUUCCUUAAUCCGGUGAACAGAGAUGAAGUUCCGGAUUAUUACAAUGUGAUCACAUCACCAAUGGAUCUGUCGACCAUGGAAGAGACAUUGAAGAAUGAUUCUUAUACCACUCCGAAAGAACUCGUCGGGGAUCUACAGUUGAUCUUUGGUAAUUGUCGGCAGUAUAAUGAUGCAACAACAGUGUAUGCUAAGUGCGCGGUUAGGUUGGAGAAGUUCAUGUGGAGCCUCAUCAAGGAUAUUCUGGAGUGGUAUGAACUACUUGAAAAAUAA